ACUCCAGCCCAACCCCUUGCAUUCAGAGGGGGGUUGAAGCGCACGUAGAGUCCGACAUGUCCCGUGCUGAAACACAUUACUGAGAAGCGAUCUCCGACUGGAAGUGUUUUGAAGGUCUACUCCAUAUCAACCCUGAAUAAUUCAAAGAUAUCUCCUACAAUGGAAGAUGGCAGGGAAACAGCUGCAAUGAGAGAGCAAGCAAGGAAGGAUCGACAAAUAGAUCGAUGGUGUCACACAAUUGAUGAUACUCCAGCCUUGGAGAACACAGACAGUGACAUUGGCUUAUGUGGAUGGAUCCUGGUGCUUUUCUCCAUCCUGCUCACGUUGCUGACCCUGCCUCUUUCCAUAUGGAUGUGCAUUAAGAUAGUGAAGGAAUAUGAAAGGGCAAUUAUCUUUCGUCUGGGACGCAUUUUACGAGGAGGAGCCAAAGGACCAGGUCUUUUUUUCAUCUUGCCGUGCACAGACAGCUUUAUCAAUGUGGAUAUGCGUACCAUCACCUUUGAUAUCCCCCCUCAGGAGGUGCUGACAAAGGACUCUGUGACAGUGAGUGUAGAUGGUGUCGUUUACUACCGUGUUCAAAACGCAACACUGGCAGUAGCCAACAUCACCAAUGCUGAUGCGGCCACUCGUCUGUUGGCACAGACCACCCUGAGGAAUGUGCUGGGUACAAAGAACCUAUCAGAGAUCCUGUCUGACCGUGAAGAAAUCGCCCAUAGUAUGCAGUCCUCACUAGAUGAUGCCACAGAUGACUGGGGUAUUAAAGUGGAACGUGUGGAGAUUAAGGAUGUCAAACUGCCCCUGCAGCUCCAGAGGGCCAUGGCGGCCGAGGCUGAAGCGUCCAGAGAGGCCAGAGCUAAGGUGAUAGCCGCAGAGGGAGAAAUGAAUGCAUCACGGGCACUGAAGGAGGCAUCUCUGGUGAUCGCGGAGUCUCCCUCAGCUUUGCAGCUGCGCUACCUCCAGACCCUCAACACCAUCGCAGCCGAGAAGAACUCCACCAUCAUUUUCCCCCUGCCCAUCGACAUGAUGCAGUCCUUCCUGAAGCACUGAACUAAGAGCCACAUAAAGCCACCUACAAACCCACACAAAUACACACAUACUGCUGCAUCCAUGCAGAAAUUAACAGACUGACGUUACAUAAUAUGCACUCAUGUGAGUAUAAUGUACAGCGGGGUCUGGAAGUCUGAGACCACAUUGAAAUCUGCUAUUAAAGGUGCAGUAAGCAAUUUCUGAGAAACACUGUUGAUAUUUGAAAUCGUCUCUCUCCUCCCCCAUUAUGAGUGGACACGCCCCCUGCAGCUGAUUUGCUACAAGUGCGUUGUGGCACUCACUCUGAUCCACUUUCAACAGUGUUUCUCAGAGCCCGUCCACACGGAGACGCAUUUAGCUGUAUAUGUAAAAAUUUUGUAUCGUAUCGGCAUUUCGCCAAGAUGGAUCCGGCAUUUUGGGAACCUGAAACUGCUUACAUUUUUGAAACUGGUUCCCAAAGUGGAUAAAUCGACACCCUUGCGUUUUCGUGUUUACAGCCAAUCCAUAUAUUUCGUGAAACGAUGAUGUCAUCACCCCACAUUUCGACCCCUCGACUCGCAUGCUCCAAGUCUUCUUCUCCAUUUUUAGUGUAUCUCUGUGGCAGAAUUAAAGUGCCACAUACUGGUCUGGCAUGUAACCUACAUCGUUUUGAGUCGGUUUCAGUGGUUUCGUAUGUACGCUGAUAUUUCUUGAGACGAUGCUCUGCUUACGGAAUUUUUUUUUUUUUUUUAGAACAAGGGAAAAAAAGAUUGGAUAGGGAAAGCUAUGGCUUUGUGUGGAUGUGGCCUCAGAAAUCACUUACUGCACCUUUUAAAAUCCUGAACAUUUAAUGAUUUUUGAAAAUCUAAAACUAAGAAACAUUAUUACGUGAAAAGAAGAAGAAAUGUUUAAGUUUCGAGGACACUAAUCAAAUAAGCAAACUGGUGAUCAUGUGACUCUGUCAGAUGUUCAAGAUUCGCUUUGGAUCAUUUUAAAUCAUGCACACAAAUUUGUGGAGUUCAUGCAGCUUGAGUGCUGCUGUUAUAGCAAAAUACAGAUAAAUUCUGAAAUUCAUCUACAUUUUUCAAUAUCAUAUAUUAGAAAAUGCAAAAUAUACAGAUUUUCACUAGUGAUCUCAGACUUUUGCAACCCACUGUACAUACACCACAUACACACUCAGAGCUGUUUUUUGAUGUAUGAUCAGUAAGAUGUUCCAAGUAAAAACCUCUGUCUGAAGGAUAUCUGAUACAGCUAAAGAAUAAUAAAGUCAUAAAAUCAUUUUGAGCCCCUGACUCCCCCAAAAAAGCUUUGUUUUAAACUUUUUUUUCAUGCAUGUUUUUCAUACCAAAAAUUUGGACUUGGAGUGAAUAGGCUUUGCAAAUUGAAAUUAUUAUCGCUUACAAUUUCUGUAGUAGUUAAAAGGAUAGUACAGCGAUACAGGCCAGACCUGGUUGAUCUUUUAGACAUUGAUUAUCGCAGUGUGUGGUUUGCCUUUUUUGGUUGAUAGUUUAUGGAACAUCUCCUGGUCAUAUGAGUGCAUGUGCUUGUGUGUUUUUCAAGCAUGUGUAACUAAUCUGCUUGAUUGCCAAAUAGAUUACAAACCGCCUAAAGGUAUAUUUGGAUAGUAUCAGAUGUCAAGACAUGAAACUGACAGCAGUGCUUAUUGUGCCUAUACCAGUUUUUCUCGCUUUCUCAAACCUUUAUUAAUGCUGACCAUCAAUGUAUAAAAGCCUUAAGCCAUAUCCAUUUCAAUUUCUGAAUCAAUAUUUCCAGGUUUACAUGAUGUUGGUUGAUUUUUAAAACCAUAAUGCAUUAGAGAUCUAGCAUUUAUACAUCCAUUUCCUAUCACAUUAAUAUUUUAUCACUUGAUUUUACAAAUCUUCUAUCUUAGUAUUUUGUCUGCCAGACAUUUUCAUGCAUGUAAUAUAUAUAUUUUUUAUAAUAUCGAACUGCAGCUGAAAACAAAUUAAGGUUAUAGAGGUCAAUGUUUGUGUUUGUGAUGACUGUAUUUGCUGCUUCAAAUAUCAGAGGAUGGAAUUACAGACUCGACAAAGAUGUGAAUGACUUGCAGUGCUGCUUAAGACUAUAUUUCUCAAAUAUUUGUAUUUUCAUCCUGUAUCAGUCUCAAUUCUAUCUAUCUAUCUAUAUAUAUAAUUCUUUAUUCUGUCGUUUAACUGAUUUAUGUUUAAUAUCACAUGUUGUUUUUGCCAGCUCACUUUUAUGUACAUUGUAUUAUUGAAUUAUUUUAAUUUGCACUGCAUUUUUAUGCAUUUCAUAUUUUUUCAUGUGUGACUGUCCCGUUCUCUAAGCAAGUCAUAUUGUGUAGUGUCAUCUUUCUCAUGACUUAAAAGUACAUAAACUCUUCACUUUUAAA